ACACGUGUUUCCUGCGAUCUUCCGUGUCCUUCACGCUGCACGUCUGAUCCAGAGCCGAUCGUUCAUUCAAUCUGAAAAUAAUCACAUCAUGGCCAAACUGAGUAAAGAGAGUAAACAGCGGCUGCAGCAGGUGUUCCAGUGCGGCCAGUUCAUCAUCCGCUGGGGCUUCAUCCCAACUGUGCUCUAUCUUGGUUUCAAACGAGGUGCAGAUCCGGGAAUGCCUGAGCCAACAGUCUUCAGUUUGCUUUGGGGAUGAAGACGUACUGGAGAGCCGCAGCACACAUAUAUAUCUGGAUCUUCUCAAAACUUUACUCUCUAUAAAACUCAAUGAAGACUCAUAGACGAACAUCUUCCAUCAUCUCAACUUCGGAGCUUUGAAACUUAAUUUUGUGUUGAUAUUUAUGUAAAGACUAUACAUCACAUCAUUUCCAUAUUUUUUGCUUUCUGGGAUUUCUCUGUCCAAAACAUGUAUUGUCAUGAGAAACACAAAAAUGUAACCAAAUUGUCUUUAUUUCUUCAAAUUAUAUCAUUGUAAACAGUCUCAUUAAAAGUUUACAUUUAUAAAUAUU